ACAUUACACACAGUGUGUUGUUGGGUCACUCUGUGGACUUUUCACUGUGAUGAAACACAAACAUGGUCCUGGAUAAAACCCGAGUGGAGCGUCGCUGUGAAGAGAACAGACUGAUCAAAGUGUGAAGAUGAGACGAGUCGUCGUUUUACUGGCUGUGCUGUGUGUGUGUGAUGGCGUAAAGUUUGGUCAGCUCUGCAGUGGAAAUCCAAGCAACAGCAUGAGGACAUCGGACCGCUGGGGACAGGGACACUAUGGAGCCAGACGACAAACCAGAGUACACAAAGGUCUGGACAUCGUGUGCACUGACGGAUCGAUCGUCUACGCUCCGUUUGAUGUGACUCUCCACGGAAAAGUCAUCGUCUACGAGGACCCCACGAAGGCCGCCAUCAACAGCGGCAUCAACCUGAGAGGAGAGGGUCAGCCCAUAACAAAUUUUUAUAGUCUGUGCUUCAAGUUGUUCUACGUUCAGCCGGAUGAAACCUCUGGAUCAGUGAGUAAAGGGCAGAGGAUCGGCACCAUGCUGCCCAUGCAGAGUGUUUACCCAGGAAUCACCUCACAUGUCCACGUCCAGAUGUGCGACAAGAGCGACCCCACACCAUACUUCUGAUCAGCUGACUGAGGACUUCCCUAACCGCUCUGUUUGUCCACAUUAAGGCUUUUUUUAAUUGGCCAAGAACACUCUGCUUUUAUUAAACAAUAAAAUGUAAAAACAAACAUU